GCAUCACGUUUAAAAAAAUGUUUAAUCAGGCUAAAGUUUUUUUUUAUUCUUUUAAACCUUUAUACCUAUACACAACCAUAUAUCUGUUAGCAACUCAAACUAUUCAUGUAACAUAGCGCGGUGUGUAACAGCAAAAACGUUUACUACGCGUUGAAUACCAUACGUGUACGUACAAGAAAAAAAUAAUACACGAGGUCAAGUGUGUAUAGGUGAGACUAUCAAAGAAAAAAAUACUACGAAAUACAUUCUAUCAUGAGCAUAUGCCUUUGGCUUUUUAUAUGCGCACCAAUUUUGAUUUCGAUCUAUGGCGAUACAACUGAACGUAAUGAUGAUUACAAGUGUAUACUGCCGGAGCUCACGCUAGACGACUUGAAUUUAGAUAUGAAAAAAUUUAUGGAAAAUUUUGCAAAAGUUAAAGAGAUAAAGUUUCCAAUAUCGUUUGGACCUCUGCCGGAAAAAUAUAUUUGUAAAUUGAAAUGUGUGGAUGGGUAUUGGGUGGGCCCUCUGUGUUCGAGUUCACCAGAUGGCAGAUUUAAGACUCUCCUGAAAGAAUGCACAUACAAUAAUGAUUUUCCUCUAUUAUCAGUUUCGUAUAAAAAUUCUUCUAUUGAGAAUGAUACAAACUUUCCGCAUAACACAACUAUUACUGCAAGGUGCAAAUACUUCGGUAUGUAUAAACUAAAAGGGGAGAACGAAAUACGCUGUGAAAAUGGCGAGUGGGACCCGAAGUUUCCUGAAUGCGUACCAACCACAGUCAUAACAAAUUUCACAGGCGAUGCUCCACCGACAGUGAGGUAUGAGGUAGCAAGUGGUUCCGCUAUUGUACAACCUACUGGUGAAGUUUUUGUUUACCCUGAGAGCACCAUAUGGCUUGAUUGUAUGUCUUUGAGAACGGCUGGCGAACCAGAAUGGACAUGGACUCAUAGUAUGGAGAACUAUAAAACAGGAUGGGUCAAUGAACUAGACAAUAUAUUCCGUAUUACUCUGCCUAAGCUUGGCGCUCGUUUUGCUGAAACAUUUACCUGCGCUACACCAGCUGGAACAACAAACAAGAUAUCUAUCAGAGUUGUUAGUGUUAGUUGUAAUCCUCUUGCAACAUCGUCACCUCCAUUGAGACUGUAUACUACUGGUCAUAAGCUAGGCAAUACUGCUCAUUUUAGUUGUGAACCUGGCUACCAUCUCAGUGGAUCGCCCCAACUCUAUUGUAUGGGAAACGGUCAUUGGUCUUCUUUACCACCCACUUGUGAAGAGACUUUCUGUCCAUUCUUCACGUCCCUCAAUCCUCACUUAAGUAUCAUUGAACACAAUUCUUCCUUCGGAGGAAGGGCUGUGUUCACUUGCUCCUGGGGAUACCGACUCGUUGGAGCUCCAGGAUUAGAAUGUGAGCAUGAUGGCCAAUGGUCCGGGGAAAUGCCACAAUGCAUACCGAUAUACUGCCCUGAUCCUAUCAUACCGGAACAUGGACAACUUUUGACGAAAACUACAUCAAAAGAUGGAAAAUAUCCCGUGGGUGACCUCUUAAUCUAUACCUGUGAUACUGGUUAUCAAGUUUUAGGAGAAGCCUCCAUCGUGUGCACAGAAAAUGGCUUUUGGUCACACCCACCGCCGUUUUGCCUACCGCCCGCGGAAAUUAAAAAUCCAGAUACCAUUUAUAUAGAAAAUACCACUUUAGUUCACGUUGACAAUGGCUAUUGAUAUGAGUUAACGAUAUAUAGGAACUAUAUGUAGUUUGUAUAAAAAUAGAGUACGUAUUGUUAUGUAUAUUGUUACGUAAGAUCGUAAGUCGAGAGAUACGAUAGUCUGAUUUCCAUAUUAUAUCAAAUCCGUUUAGUUUCUGGCAUAUCAUAACAUAUAAUCGUGUAAAUGUACCAUUUGAUCCAAAGUCCUCAUUUGUUUCAUUCGAUCAUAGCGUAAACACAAUUUGUCAGAAAGAGACAAGAGUACUUGAGUUAAAAGAGUAAGUACAAUUAGACCGAUUCAGUUUUUAUAAAUAAGUGACAGUGACUAGCACUUUUUUUGUAAAAAAUGUAAAAUAUUAAGAUAGUAAUGCAAGGCAAUAAUGGAUAAAAAAAACUUCGAAUACAUUCAAAGUUCGUAUUUCAAAACUAAAAGUAUUUAGAUAAAUAGUUAAUAACUUGUUAAUUAUAAUUAAAUCAUAAAUUAGUUGUUAUCUUCAUUUAAUUGAUUUCUGAGAAUCAUAAAUGCAAUAUUAGUUAAUAAUUAAUAGGAGUUUCAAUACUUAAAAAUGUAUACCUAAAAAUACACUUGCAAUUUUUGUUAGACUACACAAUGACAAAUAAAAAAUUACUGUUUGA